GCUGCACACACUUGUCUGAUGAGCAGCUACUUAAACUCAGGUGUGGCAGUUGUUCACUUUUAAACGCUUUACUUGUUGCUCUGUGUUUUUCACCUCCAAGUUCUCAACAAGGUUGAAUAUGACUCUUCCAGGACCAAAUGGAGGAAACGUACAGUGUGGUGCUAACAGUGUACCAAACUCUGGGCCACAGGAUCCAGGGCUGCACAGCAACAGUCAAGAGCCAGGACCUUCAUCCCAUCCCCUACACCAUUAUUCUACCCGUCCUGUCUUCUAUAUCCAUGCUCCACCCCCACCCCCUUUUCUCCACUACCAGUGGCCCAUGCCCUUCUCCUAUAACCCUUUUGCUGGCUUCCCAGGCAUGGGCUAUGGUAUGGUCAUGCCCCCAUUCCCAGCCACCCCCUACAUGGAGACUCCAGCCUAUGUUCUGCCCCACCCUCACAUCCAAGCAGUUGACUAUAGACGCUUGCUCCACCCCCAGGUCCAUGCUCACAGCGCACUCCACCAGAACCCAAACCAGACCCGUGGAUUUCGACCGCCUCAUAUUGUACCUGUUAGAGAAACUGUGAACUCUGAGGUCCAGACAGAACCGACACACAGAGGCGUAGGUGGUUAUGGUGUGGGAAGCCAACUCGCCAGCUCAGAUUCUGGGCAUGGAACUGCCUCAAGCUCGCCAUCUUCAAGCUCCAGUUCCCAAAAACGAGGUUCUGCCAAAGUUGAAAACUCUACCUUACCUAGUGGUAAUGCAGAGGACUUCCAGGUUAACAGGACAAGUACAAGCAGCACAGUCAAACAUGGCUUUAACAUCCCACAUCCUACAGGAAUAGAGACUAUCCAAUCAUGUAUCAAAGCAACUCCAAAAACACAGAGCUGUAAAGCCAGUGUUAGUCAGGUGAAUGUUCACCCUUGCAGAAGCAGUCACUGCAAUAUGUGGUCAGUGAGUUCUCAAGAUAGUAUGGUCCCUGUAUGUAGCUCUUCUCAACAAGAGGACGAGGUUGUCAAAGAGAGACGUGUCUCUAUUCCCGACAUUCUGAUGAGUUGGGGAGUUGGCACACCGCAGGCAACAAUACUGAAAAUGGUAGACAAGGUGCUGCCUCCGAAUGACCACCAGCUGCUGUCUUCCAAAACUGAAUUAGAGCAUGAAAAGUGUGUUUACCAGAGUCCAGCUGAGACCCAGAAUGAGUCAGUGGUAGCUGACAGUACUGAUGCUGAAGGUAUCUUAAGUUCUAAGGACAGUGAAACCCUUUUCAAGAUCCUUAAACUACCUUUUGCUCUUUAUGAUCCUCUCUCAGAUUCCAGGGGAGACAAUGAGCCUGUGGAAUUGGUUGGUUCUGUAAGGCAUUGCCUAACCUACAGCGACAAACUGUUGCAUUCACUAAACAAAUCCCAUAAGCUCCCUUUUGAUGAGCAAACAAACGGCAAAGAGACAAAUAUACAUGAUGACACUACUGAAAUCAUUCCCUAUCAAAUGCCUUUAAACAGCUGUCAGACGAAUAGAAAAAUGAAUGAGUCGGUUUGGUCUGUGGAGUCUCUAGCCCCUUUUAUCCCCACAAAGGAGUGGCUGCUGCAGAAUGGCAUGUUUGACCCUGAAGUAAUUGUUGAGAUGACAGAGGAAGCUGAAAGUUGUAGAGACUCAACCCAAAAUGACAACCUAAUUGUCAAACCUAGUAAGAGGAGGCAGACUUGCAUGUUUUCAUCUUCUGACUCUGUUCCAAUGUCAGACAGCUGGCUCAUUUUCAGUACCCCAGCCCAGAAUCUAAGUACAUUUAAGAAGCCAGAAAUUCAUGUUUCUGAAAUGAGAGGGCAAGGCAAGAGAAUGGAUCUUUCAAUAAAGGAUCCCUUAACUUCCCCGACUUGUCUGCAGAGUAAAAUAAUUGCACUUUUCCCCACUGCAAACGCUGUAGAUGAAUAUAGGUCUUCUGAGCCAGGGGCUAAUCAAAGCCCAAACCUGGAAUCUCUUAUUGUGAAUGUGCAGCAGGAGAAAAACCCCUGCUCUCCUGAGAAGGAAGCAACUCUCCCCUUGAGCUCUGCAGCAGGAGAGAAAAUAUCAUCUACAGGCCAUCUGAUUGUCCAAAACAGAGCUGACAUUGAAGCAGGGAAUGGAGCUUGUGGGAACGAAGAAGUCAGUCAGCUGAGAAAUGAGCAGCUGUGUGUCCCAAUGACUGAAGUGUCUCCAUCAAAGGCACAUUUAGUGGAUUGUGGCAUCCAGUGUACUGAGUUUCAGGAGCCGAAGUGUUCAUGUGAAAAGUUGAAGGGUGGCAUGGUACCAAACAGAAGACCUUCUUUUAAAUAUACAGAUAUGAAGAAAGCAAAUGAUGGCAACACUGAAGGAUUCUACAUGAAUGGACACAUGCAGAAAAACCAGAAGAGGCAUGGUCAGUGGAGGAACAGAGGUUCAGAAAAGCACAGCAGCCAGCAAGAAGCCUACAACGGCUACCCCGGCAAACUUGGGAAAUCUAAAGGCAUUCCAAUUUCACUACAGAACACAUUUCUUUAUUUCUACAAGUAGCUGCCCAUUUGAAUCCACCAAAGCCAUCCGGACUGAUGCUCAGAGAGCACAAAUUAUGACUGAGCAGUCUGGUGCAACUUGACUUUUGUCAGUCACCUGAAUUGUAUUGCAUUGGUGUCUGCACGUGUCUUUUUAUAAAUUAAACCAGAUGACAUCAGUCUUGCAUACUUUUAUUUAUGAACAUACGAACAGAUUUUAUUACAUUGUACAAAGGCAUCUUCUUUCUACUCACUAACUAACCUGCAU